AUGCACCUCAACAGCUCGGCGCCAGGACUCCUUGGCGCGCCAGGGACGGAUUCCUCACCCAUGCCGUCGGGGCUGGAGGCGGGGCUCCUGGCCCCAGGCUCUGGCAACAGCUCCGGCAAUGCGACGGAGCGCGUCCUGGCGGCGCCCAGCAGCGACCUGGACGUGAACACAGACAUCUACUCCAAGGUACUGGUGACGGCCGUGUACCUGGCCCUCUUCAUGGUGGGCACAGUGGGCAACUCGGUGACAGCGUUCACGCUGGCACGCAAGAAGCCUCUACAGAACCUGCAGAGCACGGUGCACUACCACCUGGGCAGCCUGGCCCUGUCCGACCUGCUCAUCCUGCUGCUGGCCAUGCCAGUGGAGCUAUACAAUUUCAUCUGGGUGCACCAUCCCUGGGCCUUCGGUGACGCCCUCUGCCGCGGCUACUACUUCCUGCGUGAUGCCUGCACCUACGCCACGGCCCUCAACGUGGCCAGCCUGAGCGUGGAGCGCUACCUGGCCAUCUGCCACCCCUUCAAGGCCAAGACCCUCAUGUCCCGCAGCCGCACCAAGAAGCUCAUCAGCGCCGUCUGGCUAGCCUCGGGGCUGCUGGCUGUGCCCAUGCUCUUCACCAUGGGCCAGCAGAACCGCAGUGACGACGGCCAGCACCCCGGGGGUCUGGUGUGUACACCUGUGGUGGAUACCGCCACUGUCAAGGUCGUCAUCCAGGUCAACACCUUCGUCUCUUUCGUGUUCCCUAUGGUGGUCAUCUCGAUUCUGAACACCAUCAUCGUCAACAAGCUGACUGUCAUGGUGCGCCAGGCAGCCGAGCAGGACCAGGUCUGCACCAUUGGGGGCCAGCAAACCACGUUCACCAUGUCCAUCGAGCCUGGCAGGGUGCAGGCCCUGAGGCAUGGCGCCCGGGUCUUACGUGCGGUGGUCAUUGCCUUUGUCGUGUGCUGGCUGCCCUACCACGUACGCCGCCUCCUGUUCUGCUACGUGUCAGAGGAGCAGUGGACCCCGUUCCUCUAUGACUUCUACCACUACUUCUACAUGCUGACCAACGUGCUCUUCUACGUCAGCUCCACCAUCAACCCUAUCCUCUACAACCUCGUCUCCGCCAACUUCCGCCAGCUCUUCCUGUCCACCCUGGCCUGCAUCUGCCCCCUGUGGAGGCCCAGGAGGGAGAGGCCGGCGCUCUCGAGGAAAACCAACAGUGUGUCCAGCAGUCACACCUUCUCCAGCAACGUCACCCGGGAGACAUUCUACUAG